CCUGAACAAAGAAGAAGAAGAAGAAGAAGAAGAGAAGAAGCGGAAUCAUGUCCCUCCAACAAUGGACCACCGACCUCACCGGUCUCUCUUCCCUCACCCAAUCCACCGCUCCCCUGCCCACCCCGGGUGACAAUGAAGUCCUGGUGGAGAUCCACGCCGUCUCCCUCAAUUACCGCGACCUCGAAGUAAUCAAAGGCGAAUACACCCACCACAAAAGCAUCACCGCCACCGACCGCAAAGUCCCCUGCUCCGACAUGUGCGGCAUCAUCACGCAAACCGGCCCCAACGUCACCCGCUUCACUGUCGGUGAUCGCGUCCUCUCCACUUUCCUCCCAGACCACAUCACCGGCCAAGUGACCGAAAAGGAGUUGACGACGGGGUUGGGCCAUCCCAUGCCGGGAGUGUUGGCUACGCACCGCGUCUUUGCGGAGUCCGCGCUCGUCAGGGCCCCAAGUCACUUGAGUGAUGAGGAGGCGUCUACGUUGCCGAUUGCGAGUGUCACGGCGUGGAUGAGCUUGUCGUCUCGAGCGAGAGAGGGCAAGGUGGUACUGUUGCAGGGGACGGGGGGUGUGGCGGUUGCGGGGUUGCAGAUUGCGAAGGCGUUGGGGGCGAUUGUGAUUAUCACCUCCUCCUCCGACACCAAAUUAUCCCAAGCCAAAUCCCUCGGCGCCGACCACACUAUCAACUACCGGACCACCCCCGGCUGGGACCAAGAAGUCCUCCGUCUCACGAACGGUCACGGCGCCGACAUUAUUCUCGAAACCGGGGGUGCGCAGACCCUGCGGAAGAGUUUCGAGUGUAUAGCCUUUGGGGGACUGAUUAAUUGUAUUGGGUACACCUCUGGGAAAGUGGAUGAUGAUGAUGAUGAGGAUCGGAUUAAUGUGAAUUUGUUGACGUUGCGGCGGAGUGUCACGCUGCAGGGGAUUAUCGUUGGGCCGAGGGAUGAAUUUGAGGAGAUGGUGGGUUUCUAUCAAGAGAAGGGGAUCAAGCCGGUAGUGAACCGGGUGUUUGGGUUUAGGGAGGCGAGGGAGGCGUGUGAGUUCUUAGAGAGUGGGGGGCAUUUCGGGAAGGUCGUUAUCAAUACUGCCAUCUAGAUUUCAGCGAUAGAAUGAUUUGCCAGGC